CCUGGACUCCGGACGCGUCGCUGCGGCUACUGGAGAGGAGGCGCGCCGCCGCCACCCACCGAGUCCUCCGCUCCUCGCGCCCGGCGGGAACUGGGCACCUUGUCGCCCCGUCGCUCAGGGCCCGAGGGCAUGCGGCAGCCGCAGGGGCCCCGGCUCCCGGGCUCGGCGGCGCUGGCAAUCUUGAGCGGAUGUUCAAGUCUUCUCCACAAUGAAUGAGUGUCACUAUGAUAAGCAGAUGGACUUUUUUUAUAAUAAGAGCAACACUGACACCCCCGACGACUGGACAGGGACGAAGCUUGUGAUCGUUUUAUGUGUUGGAACGUUUUUCUGUCUGUUUAUUUUCUUUUCUAAUUCUCUGGUCAUCGCAGCGGUGAUUAAAAACAGAAAGUUUCAUUUCCCCUUCUACUACCUGUUGGCUAACCUGGCGGCCGCAGAUUUCUUCGCUGGAAUUGCCUAUGUGUUCCUCAUGUUCAACACUGGCCCCGUUUCAAAGACUUUGACUGUCCACCGCUGGUUUCUCCGCCAGGGGCUUCUGGACACCAGCCUGACGGCCUCCCUGACCAAUUUGCUGGUGAUUGCCGUGGAGAGGCACAUGUCAAUCAUGAGGAUGCGGGUCCACAGCAACCUGACCAAAAAGAGGGUGAUAUUGCUCAUUUUACUUGUCUGGGCCAUUGCCAUCUUCAUGGGGGCGGUCCCCACACUGGGCUGGAAUUGCCUGUGCGACAUCUCUGCCUGCUCUUCCCUGGCCCCCAUUUACAGCAGGAGUUACCUCAUUUUCUGGACUGUGUCCAACCUUUUGGCUUUCUUCAUCAUGGUGGUGGUGUACCUGCGGAUCUACAUGUACGUCAAGAGGAAAACCAACGUCUUGUCUCCACAUACAAGUGGGUCCAUCAGCCGCCGGAGGACGCCCAUGAAGCUGAUGAAGACAGUGAUGACUGUCUUAGGGGCCUUCGUGGUGUGCUGGACCCCGGGCCUUGUCGUUCUGCUGCUGGAUGGCCUGAAUUGCAAGGAGUGCGGCCUGCAGCACGUGAAAAGUUGGUUCCUGCUGCUGGCCUUGCUCAACUCCCUCAUGAACCCUGUCAUCUACUCCUACAAGGAUGAGGACAUGUACAGCACCAUGAAGAAGAUGAUCUGCUGCUUGUCUCAGAAGAAACCGGAGCGGCGGGCCUCCCGCAUCACUUCCACAGUCCUCAGCAGGAGCGAUACGGGCAGCCAGUACAUGGAAGAUGGUAUCAGCCAAAACACACCCAGCAACAAGAGCAGUUCCUAAACCAUGGGAGCCCUCUGCCCACCCAGCCUCACUGGGGAAAGCUAUUGAGGAAACCUGUCUCUAACAAAGCCCAUGUACAGUGUUAUUCAAGGUCUGCAUUAAUCAUUGCUAGAUUAAAAAAAGAAUUGUUUUACAUAGUUUAAAAGCAUGGGCAGUAGAGGGAGGAUACUGUGCAUUUAGAGAAAAUGCACAGGCAGGGAGAAGCUAGCACCCUGGAUUCCUGCCCACUGCCCGUGCUGUGAACUGCUCGGAGCUCCGCAGCCUGGACGUGCGUCCUGGGCUCUGCUGCCAUCUUGUAGCCAUUCUCUUUGUGUUUUAAAAGAUGUCAGUAAAGGGCUUAGGCCAAAAUAAAUAAUACUGUUACUUGAGCCACUUUACAUAGCUGCUUGGAAUGCCUAUGUAGUUCUUUCCGCAUACAUUUAAAAAUUGUUAAAAUGCUUCAGCAGUGAUCUUUUUUUUCUCAAAGAAACCAUGGCCAGUAGCUAGGUAUUCAGUAGGAAUCUCAGAAUAACAAAUUGGCAAGAGCUCCAGGUAAAACUUGAUUUUUAGCAUAACAUUCUGAGGAUAAGGAUUUACUGUAAAAUAAUAACAGAAAAGGUCAACAUUGAAACUUUUCCUGAAGCAGAAAAAAAAAGCCCUUGUUGUGGCCCUCUGAUUAUGCAUGAGUGUGUGAAUGCAUCUUAUAUUUAUACAUUUCAGAUUUGUAUUUAAAGACAUCAAAGACAGGGUUGAUGAAAUAAACUCAGUGGCCACCUAGACUUCCAAGUGUAGGAUUAUAGCUGAAGAAAUGACCUGGUGUGUUCUAAAGAUAAGAGAAAGAGGUGAUUCAUUUGAAAACAGACAUUCAGCAGAGUAAAAGGUAUGUUGACAAGUGAGCUGAAGUCCUUCCAUAUAGGAUCAAAGAUGAGCUUGAUUCAAGUUCUUAUUGUCAGGUACCUCCCUACCACUGGUGGCCUGUCAGAGUUAGUACAUGGACUAAUUUUCACAUCUCAUAUUUUUCCCAUGCUUAUGAACAUGCUUCUGGUUCUUGUCUUACUCGUGGACUGAAUUUUGAUGGGGGUCUUAUUUAAAAAUUUUUCCCCUUCAAAGACUUUAGUAGGCAACAUGAAAGGCAGGUCAGCAAGAAAAAAAAAGUUUCAUAUACAUAGGCUACUGACCAAAGUUUUCUGUGUAAAGCAUUUAGAGUAUAUUCUGAUUUUAAAAUAACUAUAACUUCAAGGCAGAUAUUAUAGUAUUUAUGUAGUUUGCAAAAGAAGUUUACAUUUUUUGCUAUUGUGAUAUAACAUGUAUGUGCAAGAACUA